GGAGAUAGUCGACUGCAUCAAUCAAGAAUGGACCCAAACUGGAAGACAAAAUUGGAUUUCUGCACCGAAGAUGAGUGUUUGGACAGAUGUGGUGUCAAUUCUGAGAUAACAAGAUUGUGUGAGUUGUUGCCUGAUGGGUACAACUAUACCGUUUGUCAGUUUGACAUCAUUGAUGAAGGCAUCACUGCUCUCCUCAGGUUGGAUAUAAAGACUGAGUGUAAUGCUCGUACUUGGCUCAGGCUGUUCCAGGAAAAGACGCGUACAAAUCUGCGAUUAUUAUGGACGGGGAAGGCAGGUGGGCUCAAGAAUAUCUUCAGUGCACAUUACCGGUGUCAGCAUGGCAGUUUCCGUAAAUCCCGUCCCGUCAGUUCAAGUUCUAGGACUAAGAUCACCAACUGCCCGGCCACUCUGGGUAUCGCUGUCAAACGGGUGCCCAAGAGAAACAGGUCAUUGGAUGUUCACGUCGGAGAGCUACCAACAGUGAUCCGGCUGUCUUUUACACAUAACCAUCCUGUGAUGUGUGUCAAAGCAUCAGACUCCUGCAGUGUUUCUGGAGACAUCACUGAGAUAGACAACAAACCUGUUGACUCUGGACACACACCUUCUGCAGCACUCCAUGCACACAAGUUCCCUGCAUGCAUUGCAAUCAACAAGAGGUUAUCUCCUGGCAUAGCACCUCUAAAGAGAAGUAAUCAACUAGAAAGCAAGGCUUGUACUAAAGCAAAGAUAAUUUGUGAACGUUUGGUGAAAUCAGAUGCUCCCAGACCUCGUACAGAUAUGUCCGGAGCCGUCAAUAAAAGGAAGCAAGAAGAAAUCAAAGUACACAAGUUUACAGUAACAGGAAAGAUGAAAGUGACAGUAGGUGAAAUUUCGGAGGCUGAUGUGAAAACUAGAUUGCAUGAACGCUGGAAAUCUGCGUUUGGAGAUGAAAAUGAAGCUGAGUUGGUACGCCUUAUCCUGGAUAUGGAACCACGCAGUUUCAUUUUAUCCAGACUCGAUGUGCGUAGACUUAGUUAUCAGUUUGCAGAAAGCAAAAACAUUGAACAUAUCUUUGAUAGGGAGUCUGGAUUGGCCAGUGAAUUCUGGAUUGAAGGCUUUCUCAUACGCCAUCCUGACAUUGUGCUUGGGAAAGCUGAUAGCUUGUCACAGCCUCAUGCACCAUCUUUGCAAGAGGUUACAAGAUAUUUUGAUCGCCUUGGUGGGAUAAUGGACAGGGAGUCUUUUCACCAGUCAGCGGAGAAAAUUUACAACGUUGACGAGUGCAGUCUCACAAUGAUGAACCACUCAGGGUCCACGCUUGUGCUAAAAGGGAUGAAGUCGGGCAUUAGUGAAACAAAUUCAGAGAACAGUGUCAAGGAGACUGCAGUAGUUGUUUGUUGUAGCGCCACUGGUCAGUACAUCCCACCGUUCAUUAUCCUCAAUGGAAAGAAGAGGGAGGAGUUUUCUGAUGGAUUGCCCGACAUAUCAUCCAUCAACGAAGGCUCAUUCCUAAAAUGGCUGAAACUAUUUCGCAAGCAUGCCGUUGAAGGAAAAGUGCUACUUAUCAUCGAUGGACUUCACAAAUCAUAUGUGAAGAGCGUUAAGGUGCAACGAUACUGCAUCGAUCACGACAUCAUCCUGUUCUGCUUGCCCAGUCGUGGCAAGGAAUACCUACAACCAUUGAAUCAAUGUGUGUUCAAUUCACUGCAGGACAACUGGGAAUUUGUGAGGGAUUCACUAUUACAUGAGGAUCCACAAGCAACCAUCACAGAGCACAACUUUAGCGCACUUUUCGCAGGAGCUUGGCGGAGAACUGCUUCGGUCGCAAGUGCCACCUUAGGAUUCCGGGCAUGCGGGAUACACCCAUUUAAUCCAGUUCCCAUACCCAGUGAUGUUUCUACACCAUCUAGGACCAGCGAGAGAGAAUCGAACAAAGUGAAAGUCAAAGUAAAAGAAGAAGAACCAGUGUGCAUCACUGAGACGCAACCAGACUCACCAGUUGUGCAAGAGAGGACAGGUGCUGAAUAUGCUGCUAUUAAUGCCAAAUGUACUGGAGAAACUGAGGCAUCAAAUGCUCAUAUGUCUUCAAGUCAUGUUGUUGCCAAGGGUGCGGAUGGUGAACCCUUGCAUUCCUGUGGGUGCUGUGGUGGAUUUACUUGUAGUGAGUGUGACCAGGGUUGGAUUGCUUGCUAACUUUGAAGCCUGUACUUAGCUUUGGUAAGGGGUCAGUACUCAGUAAUGUUAAUUAUAUUUGAGUAUCAUCUUACAUUCCAAUCUUACAAACUUGUAGUAGUGGCUAGAUUUUUUUUUCAACUAGCGAUUCUCUGUGAAAAUUUAAGUAUUCUCAUCAAACAUAUCUAGUGCCCUCUAUCAGCAGUAUUUUUGUUUUCCUUUAAAAGGGCUCUAAAGUUGAACAUUUAUCUUGCAACUUUAGGGACUGGAUAUCAUAAAGCUACAAGCAUUAUAUCCUGAAAUUUUCAGUCCUGUCCCUGCUUUGGAAUAGGUUUUCUAUCAAAUAGAAAAAUCCACACAGAUGUUUUAUAUUGAUCAAACUACAUUUCCAUGUGAAAUCACAUUUUUCCCCCUGUAAAACAUACAGUACAUUCAUCUCAUAUCCUCCACAUCUUAACUGUUUUAGGGCAUACAUAUUCAUAUAAUCUAGUAAUGAAUAGUAAUAGUUAUAGCCAGAUUUUGGGGUAGUUACCAAUGCUAAAGAUAGACUUUAACGUAGGUUCAGUUACAGACCUACAUGUAGGCCCCAUUGCAUAAACAUUACCAUUAUGGCAACUUUUCCAUCUAACGGUAGCUGCUAUGGAAUCCUUGAUUUUGAUUGGCUGUUAAGCAUUGUCAUCGUGGUAAUCACCAUUGGAUGGCAAAGAAAACAUUAACAGUAAAUAUUUUAUGCAACGGGGCCCAGGGAGGCAUUUCAUCAAAAUUUGUUGUCUGAUAAGUUGUCAGGGGCCCGUUGCAGAAAGAGAUUACAAUAAAACGCAACUCCAAAGAUCAAAUGCAACUUAAAUUUCAAACAAUGGAAUAUGUGUAUUAUGGACUUGCUCAUGAUAAUUCGAGAUUCGUUUAAA